CAAGGGUGCCCGCUGAGAUCUCUUGUUCUCUAUCAAACCAGCAUACCUUAUAUGAAUGCUUCUCUCUACAAGAACAAACACCCUUCUUUUUUAAAGUUGUCUGUUUCUUGUUUUCCAGGUUUACUUGUUUUUUUUUCUUUUUGAUCACUUUCUUCGCUUAGACCUAUUGCCAGAUAUCAGCGCUUGAAGGGAUAUUAACGCUGUUGGGAAAAUGCACUUUAGGAGCUCAGCUCUAUGUUUGGUCCUCCUGUUGCAUCUUUGUCAGCUGGGCAGAGUCACCAAGGGUAAAACACAGGACCAAGAGUACCUGCGGGGCACUCUCAUGGCGUUGGGUCUACCUUUGGAGACUGAUGAGAAGCCUACACUCCAGAACAGCAAAAUUGGUCUCCUGAUCAAAAAACUGCUUCAGGAUGUGCACUGUGCAGAGAGGAUGGGCAUCACCCUGGACAUGUGUGAGGAAUGCCUGACACCAAACAGAGCUCUCUCAGUUCUUGAAAAUGACAGGAUUAAUCUCACUGAAGAAGAUUACUAUAAGAUCUCAACAGUUCUGCUAUAUUACAUAAUCAACUUGAAGGACCUGUGUGUCUCAAAAGUCAGCCCUCCAUCAGCACUUUCUCCUUCAUCUGGGAACUUACAGUUCUAUUUGCUGCACUUCAUCAAUCUGAAUCCAGAUGAAAACAAUCAGUUUCUGUCAUACAGCGAGACAGACACUAUUCUGCAGCUCAUUAACCAGCACUAUCGUCCCUCCAAAAGUGGUUUGCAAUGCAUUCAUUCAGCUCAUAUUCUGAAAGAGGCGGAUUUUGAUGGAAAUCCUGGUGCAGCUGUGGCAAAGGUGCCCAAAGUAGCAGCAGCUAUCAUCAGCCACAUCCUGCAGGGACACUGCUUUUCAACAAGAAACCUCCCAUCCCCAGACUUCUUCACAGAUUACAUAUUUCACUCGCUAAAUGGUUCAAAUAACCCACAGAUCAUAGACCUGGAGGAGCUUCUUCGUCAGUUAGGAGUUGGACAUGGUGAAAAAGCAAAGCUUUCUUCCAAUAAGAAGAAGCGAAGCAUCAAUGGAAGUCCACAUUUGCUGAAAAAUCUUAGCCAAGAUACUAAUGGAGAAUGGGCACAGGUGUGUUUUUCAGCCAAUCAGCUGGUGGAUAUUUUUUCUUUGGACCAUCGUUUAGCCAUUUCCAAGGACCAAUUCAGAGAAAUCUGUCCUGCCAUCAUUCAGCAGCUGCUAGGCAAUGUCUGUGGGUCACGUCAGCAAAUGCCAAGGGGGCCAGUUCCUACGGCUAUUGAAAAGUAUGGCUACAGCACAGCUGCCAUCCUGAUCAUCACAUUUGGCUCCAUGUUUGGGAUAUGCCUGGUUUUUUUCAACUCAUGUCAGGAGACCUACACACUCAUCCUGCAGCUGUUUGUGGGCCUGGCAGUGGGAACCCUUUCAGGCGAUGCGCUCCUGCACCUUAUUCCACAGAUUCUUGGCCUACAUGACAGUACUCACAGUCAUGGUGAUGAGCUCUACAUUGAGCAUAAGGAGUAUCUGUGGAAGAUCCUGGGCAUGAUUGCUGGAAUUUAUGGAUUUUUUCUCAUUGAAAGAAUAUUUUCCUUCUUGGUCCCAUCUCAUGGACAUGGUCAUUGCAGUGACCUCACCCUGGACCUGAACUCUAAUGGUCAGUCUCAGAGGAGCAAGUCCAUUUCAACCAUCCAGUUGGGCUCAGUGGAAGACGUCAUAGAGGGUCCAGAAAAUCCUCCUGAACAUACAAACACCGGGAGCAAUCCUCAUCAGAGACAAGAGGUUCCCCUGCUAGCUGUGAUGGUAAUUGUGGGAGACAGUCUUCAUAACUUUGCUGAUGGCUUGGUUGUUGGGGCGGCUUUCUCCUCAUCAGCCGAGACUGGCAUGGCAACCACAGUGGCCAUUCUGUGCCACGAGAUCCCGCACGAGAUGGGGGACUUUGCUGUGUUACUCAGCUCUGGGCUCUCAGUGAAGAUUGCUGUACUGAUGAACUUCCUCAGCGCUUUGACAGCUUUCAUGGGUCUUUACAUUGGACUCUGUGUCUCCUCUGACACAGAUGUACAACAGUGGAUAUUCUCUGUCACAGCUGGAAUAUUUCUAUAUUUGUCCCUGGUAGAAAUGCUGCCGGAGAUGAAUCGAGUGAAGACCAACAGGCCAUUUGUCACAUUUCUCCUGCAGAACCUCGGUUUGCUUUUGGGCUGGACUUGUCUUUUGUUGCUUGCACUUUUUGAACAUGAACUAAAAUUCUAAAAUAGAUGUUGACCUGCUCUGCUGGUUCUAACUUUAUAUUUAUGUCAUUGUGCAUUGUACAUAUUAAUCUAUCAGACACGAGCGUUACUUUUUGGACAAAAAGUUACAAUACAUCAUCUCACAAUUACAGCAUUGGAUCAUAAAUAAAUGCUUUAGUUCACUGAUGGUUGAGAAUUUUUCUAUAUUCAUUGAGAUUUACAUUGCAUAGCAUUUUGAUUUUUAUUGACA